AUGUCAGGUCACGCAAUAUCUUUGUCGCCAUCCAAGACUCAGUUCCACGCGCUACAUUCUCAAGACUCAACUUCCUCGCUACCGGGCGAGAUGAACUCCACACAGUUUGAGCCCGUCGAAGAAAAUGGGCUCGACUUUAUGACUACCCGGUGCAAAGCAUUUAUCGUCACAGCAGUGUUGGUCACAUUGGCGGUUGUGAUAACAAUAAUUAUCGUUCUUUCUAUCUCAAUUGACGAUGAUGCUGUUUCAAACGAGGGCACAGAAAUUAUUCCAGCCAACUUGCUGGCUUUAUCUCAUGUAGCCGUGACCAAUUUGACUUUAAUCAGUGCACGCUCAGAUGACGAUGCCAGAGAUGCAUGUGUACAGCGUGCGUGGAUUCCGACAGGAGUCGAGUGGGCUUCGUCGGAUAGAAUAAGUUCGUACUUGUGUAUGCAGCAGAGUGUGGAAGCAACGAAGAAUAGCGAAGAUGUAGGUUCAAUCGAUUUAAAUUUGAUAUCGGUGAUGCGACGUCUUGUGGUCGUGUCCGGUGCCGAAACAUGCCCUUUCAACAUGCAGGUGGUCGUUAAUCCGAGUACCAACCUUCUCAUUUGUAUGGAAUUUGUCUCUGCAAAUAAGGCCUUCGACACGCAGCAGUACGUAGUGGAUGUCAUGACGACGACUGAAUUAUUCUACAACCACGAAACACCAGGUUGGAUCACCUGGCCGGCCGACCUCAGAAUGGAUCUAUCAACUUCUGGCGUGUACCUAAGCGUUCGAUAUCCAGUUCGCCCUAUCGUGGCUCUACAAAUUCUAACAGAUGUGACUACAGCUACCAUCUAUUCCGCGUGUGAGGAGCUGGAACCUCAAGGGCAAUGGGAAAGUCCGGAGUUCGUACUUAAAUCGUCUGAGAGUGCGACUGCAAACAGCAAUAUCAGCGACGUCCUCAUUUGCAUUCAGCGCCCGCUAGCAAAUGCGACAGAUCUAAUUUCUGUGUUGAUCGAUCUAAAUGUGGUAAAACCGACUGAAUCCUGUUUUGAGAUCGCAAACGGCGCCAACAGCACGGAAAUUAUCAGUGAGCAGAUUAAGUUGUGCGCUCUUUGGGAUCUCGUUGACUUUUCCAGUACCAGCCCGAAUUCACCUUCAAGUUCAGCAACUUCAUCUUUUGUGGCAGAGUUGUCAUUGUACGAAACAUCAAAGGCUGAAAGUAAACGGCUCAACAUCUCGUCGACGAUUUCUGGUGACUGGAAUGUAGUGGGGAACGUGUCCACAGGAUCUGUGCAAACCUUUGUUAUGACGAAAAAGUUCGAGCCAAUCGCUCUGAAUUUAACAACAACGUCGACUAGUUCCCGCAGCAGCAAAAAUGAAACAUCUUCUGCGGUCGAAGCACAUGAUUCGAAAUCAAGUGAUGAACUUUCUUUUAAAGUGCUUCAAAUCGCAGACAUGCAUAUCACUGGAAACCCUGACUUGCGGUGUUCAUCUGGUCCAAGCACAUUCCGCGCAACCUUAUUGGAAGCCGCUUCAAUUAUUGCUGCGGAUUUGAGAGCAGAAAGCAACGCUUCAAUUUCAAUCAAAGCAGGCGACGACAACGAUCCAAUGUACUAUGAGUGUCGAGAGGCACUUACAAUUGCUUUCCUCGACGAGCUCCUUGAUAUUGAGCAACCUGAUUUUGUUGUAUUUUCAGGUGACAACGUUCAGACUGCUCAUGACAAAAAGAUAAACGCUUUUGCAAUCAAUGUCUUUACUGCGCGCGUUGAGCGUAAACAAAUUCCUUGGGCUGCAGUGUUUGGUAAUCACGACGCAGAAGGUGGGCUGACUCGCGAAGAAAUGUUGGCAUUAAUGAUGGAAGGAAAGCAGUUUUCUCACGUGAAAUACGGCCCCCGUAACGUCGCUGGCGUUGGAAACUACGAAGUUAACGUCGUGGCACCACGUGACGGCCCCUGGGGUGAGCAGGGAACAACUGUUUUCCGCAUGUAUUUCUUGGACUCAUUGGCCACUAUUCGUAAGGAAAUGUAUCCAUCGAUAGACGAUGAUACCGAUUACGAUUGGAUUAAAGAGUCUCAGAUUGAGUUCUAUCGACAAUUAGCAGAGUUGCACGCCGCAGAAGAGACGAGUGGCAGUAAUUCGUCACAUCAUGGCAGUAUCCCGGCAGUUAUGUUUUAUCACAUUCCGAUUCCCGAAUAUGCGUUAGUGUCACCCUUAAAUCGUGCUGGAGACAAAAAUGAAAUUGUAUACAGUGCUGCGGUGAAUUGUGGUUUAUUUUCCGCUCUAGUUGAGAUGGGAGACGUGAAGGCUACUUUCGUAGGACAUGACCAUAUAAAUGAGUACUGCUACUCGCGGCAAGGCAUCCAGCUUUGCUACGGUGGGGGCAUUGGGCUAGGUUUUGCUUACGGGCUCGCUGACUUCGAAAGGCGAGCUCGAGUGCUUAAAUGGACCUACAACGCAAAUCAAACUCGCACGUUGCAGAGCUGGAAGCGACAUCUUAACGAUCCCACACAAACUCAAUCGUUUGAGAUUCUCUACUCAGAAUAG